UCGUUCCGGCGCCGGAAACUUUGCAGGCGAGGCGUUCGACGAUGAGGCUGCUGAAGGUGGCGACGUGUAACUUGAACCAGUGGGCCAUGGACUUCGACUGCAACGUGAAGAACAUCAAGGAGUCGAUCGCCGAAGCCAAGGGAGCCGGCGCGGUGAUCAGGCUCGGCCCCGAGCUGGAGAUUACCGGCUACGGCUGCGAGGACCACUUCCUGGAGCUGGAUACCGUCGCUCACGCGUGGGAAUGCUUGAAGGACCUUUUACUGGGCGACUGGACCGAUGGAAUAUUAUGCAGCUUCGGUAUGCCUAUCAUUAAAGGAUCAGAGCGCUACAACUGCCAAGUUCUUUGCAUGAACAGAAAAAUCAUCAUGAUCCGCCCAAAAAUGUGGCUUGCAAAUGAUGGAAAUUACCGGGAACUUAGGUGGUUCACACCAUGGAAGCAAAAAAACCAGCUUGAUGACUUUCAGCUUCCCAGUGAAAUUUCUGAGGCCGUGUCACAGAAAACAGUUCCUUUUGGAUAUGGAUAUAUACAAUUUUUGGACACGGCUGUUGCUGCUGAAGUUUGCGAGGAACUGUUCACUCCUUUGCCCCCUCACACGGAGCUUGCAUUGAAUGGAGUUGAAGUGUUUAUGAAUGCAAGUGGAAGUCACCAUCAGCUUAGGAAGCUCGAUGUCCGUCUUCACGCUUUUAUAGGUGCAACUUAUUAUCGCGGUGGAGUUUACAUGUACAGCAAUCAUCAAGGAUGCGAUGGUGGCCGCCUAUAUUAUGAUGGAUGUUCCUGUGUGAUUGUAAAUGGUGAUAUGGUUGCUCAAGGAUCCCAGUUUUCCUUGAAGGAUGUUGAGGUUGUAAUUGCCGAAAUCGAUCUGGACGCGGUUGCUAGUUUUAGAGGAUCUAUUAGUAGUUUCCAAGAGCAAGCAAGUGCUAAGACUAAAGUACCAUCAGUAGCAGCGCCUUACAAUCUUUGUCAAUCAUUCCAUCUUCGGAUGUGCCUUUCAGGUCCACUAAAGAUCAAGUAUCAUUCUCCUGAGGAGGAAAUAGCCUUGGGACCUGGUUGCUGGCUCUGGGAUUAUCUAAGGAGAAGUGGAGCCUCUGGUUUUUUGCUUCCUCUCUCAGGUGGUGCGGACAGCUCGUCUGUAGCUGCCAUAGUUGGCUGCAUGUGCCAACUUGUUGUAAAAGAAAUUGCAAAUGGUGAUGAAGAAGUGAAAGCUGAUGCAAUACGCAUUGGACGGUAUGCUGAUGGACAAUUCCCCACUGACAGCAAAGAAUUUGCAAAGAGGAUAUUUUACACGGUUUAUAUGGGAACUGAAAACAGUUCAGAAGCCACAAGAUCACGGGCAAAGCUGUUGGCAGAUGAGAUCGGUGCCUGGCAUCUCGAUGUUUGUAUAGAUAAUGUUGUUUCUGCACUUCUCUCUUUGUUUGAAAAGCUUACUGGAAAGAGACCACGCUAUAAGGUUGAUGGGGGAUCAAAUGCUGAGAACCUAGGGUUGCAGAACAUUCAAGCACGAAUCAGAAUGGUCCUGGCAUUUAUGUUGGCAUCACUCUUGCCCUGGGUGCACAACAAGUCGGGGUUCUAUCUUGUUUUGGGUAGCUCCAAUGUGGAUGAAGGAUUGCGUGGUUACCUGACGAAGUAUGAUUGUAGCUCCGCAGAUAUUAAUCCAAUUGGAAGUAUUAGCAAGCAGGAUCUCCGGUCAUUUUUGCGAUGGGCUGCCAACCAUCUUGGUUACUCAUCCUUGGCAGAGGUUGAAGCAGCUCCUCCUACUGCUGAACUGGAGCCUAUACGUUCUAACUAUAGCCAGCUGGAUGAAGUCGAUAUGGGUAUGACCUAUGAGGAACUAUCCGUCUACGGAAGAUUGCGGAAAAUUUUCCGCUGCGGUCCAGUUUCAAUGUUUCAGAACCUCUGCUAUAGAUGGGGCACGAAAUUAACUCCUGCGGAGGUGGCUGAGAAAGUGAAGCAUUUCUUCAAGUACUAUUCCAUUAAUAGACACAAAAUGACCGUUCUGACACCUUCCUAUCAUGCAGAGAGUUACUCCCCCGAAGAUAACAGGUUCGAUCUCCGCCAGUUUCUCUACAACGUGAGGUGGCCAUUCCAAUUCCGCAAGAUCGACGAACUUGUGCAGAAGUUGGAUGGCGACGAGAUUGCGAUCAAAGAAUCGGCCGCAGGUACGUCGGAUGGAGAGGGGAUGGGAGUUGUAGCAGCAGGCUCAGGGGAUCCUAAAGCCGGUGUUUAACUCUGACGAAGAUGCAUACGGCACAAUUACCAAA